UUUUCUUAAACUUGACAUUUUGACACUGAAUUGAAAUAGGUAGUAGUAAAUUCUGCAGGAACCAUACACAAAAUUUCAUUUGAGCAACAGCACUCUCCCUGUGAUAUAUAUUUUCUACAGAUGAUUUACAGGUUACAGACAUGCUGUGACCUUUCUCUCCCAAUUGCAAACAGAUUAAGGAGAGCUGAUUAACCGAGACUAAAAACACUGUGUCGUUUUUUCUUAUGGGGGGUCUUUGACAAAGCCCUCCUUUCUGAGUCCUCCCACUUCAUUCGCUUGCAAAUCAUUGUGUCCAAAGAGGUCUUCAGUCCCCCAAGCCCAAACCUGGCGCCCUGCAGCGCCAUCAGCGGCAGUAUCUUCCUAUUUGAGGGACGUUUCUUAUUAAUCAGAAACGCUGAAUGGAAACCAAUCAGAUAGAGAGUUCCUUUGGCUUCAGCUUCCUGCCUGUCUGAGUUAAAAGUGAUGCUCGAAGAGAAAGCCACACUGAGAUGCAUGAAGAUUCAGCUGUGAAGAUACUAUAAAAAGAGAAGAGAAGGACCGAGACAGAAGCAACAACGGAAUUGUCAGUGCGGAGUAGGGCUAAACUCAGUUCCAUUGUUAAGCAAGGAAAAACAAACAAUACAUUGAAUUUGACAACCAGCUGAAGUUGCAGAUAAUGAGGACUUACCAUUGUAUACCAUUACUCAUCUGGACCUAUAUGUUCCAUACAGUUGAUACCAUCCUAUUACAAGAAAAACCUAACAGUUAUUUAUCAAGCAAAAAGAUAGUGGGUCUGACAAAAGAUGAUGGCAAAAUGCUACGUCGCACCAAGCGUGGCUGGAUGUGGAAUCAGUUCUUCUUAUUGGAAGAGUACACAGGUACUGACACACAAUAUGUAGGCAAGCUUCACACUGACCAAGAUAAAGGAGAUGGAAAUUUAAAGUACAUACUAACAGGAGAUGGGGCUGGCAGUCUGUUUGUUAUAGAUGAAAAUACAGGAGACAUUCAUGCUGCAAAGAAACUAGACAGAGAAGAAAAAUCUCUGUACAUUCUUCGUGCCAAGGCUAUAGACAGAAAAACUGGGCGGCAGGUGGAACCGGAAUCAGAAUUUAUCAUUAAAAUUCAUGAUAUCAAUGACAAUGAGCCAAAAUUUACAAAAGACUUAUACACUGCCAGUGUUCCUGAAAUGUCUGGAGUCGGUACAUCUGUUAUACAAGUAACUGCAACAGAUGCAGAUGACGCCAACUAUGGAAAUAGUGCCAAAGUGGUCUAUAGCAUAUUGCAAGGACAGCCAUAUUUUUCAGUGGACCCAGAAUCAGGCAUAAUAAAAACUGCAUUACCAGACAUGAGCAGAGAAAAUAGAGAGCAGUACCAGGUUGUUAUACAGGCCAAAGACAUGGGCGGCCAGAUGGGAGGCCUUUCUGGAACCACCACAGUGAACAUCACGCUGACAGAUGUCAACAACAACCCUCCUCGAUUUCCCCAGAGUACGUAUCAAUUUAAUUCUCCUGAGUCUGUACCUCUUGGAACUCAUCUUGGAAGGAUAAAAGCCAAUGACCCUGACGUGGGGGAAAAUGCAGAGAUGGAGUAUAGAAUUGCUGAAGGAGAUGGUGCAGACAUGUUCGAUGUCAUCACUGACAAGGAUACACAGGAAGGGAUUAUAACUGUCAAACAGAAUUUAGAUUUUGAAAAUCAAAUGCUCUACACUUUAAGAGUGGAUGCAAGUAACACUCACCCUGAUCCACGAUUCUUGCACCUGGGACCUUUCAAAGACACAGCUGUGGUCAAAAUAUCUGUGGAAGAUAUAGAUGAACCUCCUGUGUUCAGUAAAGUCUCUUACUUGAUAGAAGUAGAUGAAGAUGUAAAGGAGGGCAGUAUCAUUGGACAGGUUACAGCGUAUGACCCAGAUGCCAGGAACAAUUUAAUAAAGUACUCUGUUGAUCGGCAUACUGAUAUGGACCGUAUUUUCGGCAUCCACUCAGAAAAUGGCUCUAUUUUCACUUUGAAAGCCCUUGACCGAGAAUCAUCUCCUUGGCAUAACAUCACUGUUACAGCCACAGAAAUAAGUAACCCAAAACAAAGUAGCCGCAUCCCUGUCUUCAUCAGAAUUCUAGAUAUAAAUGACCAUGCUCCGGAAUUUGCCAUGUAUUAUGAAACAUUUGUUUGUGAAAAUGCAAAACCUGGGCAGUUGAUUCAGACUGUCAGUGUCAUGGAUAAGGAUGACCCUCCCCGAGGUCACAAAUUCUAUUUUGAACCAGUACCAGAAUUUACUCUCAAUCCGAAUUUCACCAUUGUAGAUAAUAAAGAUAACACAGCAGGAAUCAUGACUCGAAAAGAUGGCUACAGUCGCAACAAAAUGAGCACCUACUUAUUGCCAAUUUUAAUCUUUGACAACGAUUAUCCGAUUCAAAGCAGCACUGGCACACUCACUAUUCGGGUGUGUGCCUGCGAUAAUCAAGGAAACAUGCAAUCCUGCACGGCAGAAGCCUUGAUCCUUUCAGCCGGCCUGAGCACGGGAGCUCUCGUUGCGAUUCUCCUCUGUGUCCUCAUACUGCUUAUUUUAGUUGUGCUGUUUGCUGCAUUGAAGAGGCAAAGGAAAAAGGAACCUCUGAUAAUUUCAAAAGACGAUGUCCGGGACAACAUUGUCACCUAUAACGAUGAAGGCGGUGGGGAAGAAGAUACCCAAGCUUUUGACAUUGGCACAUUAAGGAAUCCAGAGGCAAGAGAAGACAGUAAACUUAGACGAGAUGUAAUGCCUGAAACUAUUUUUCAGAUAAGGAGGACUGUGCCUCUGUGGGAAAAUAUUGAUGUACAAGAUUUUAUCCAUCGAAGAUUAAAAGAAAACGACGCAGACCCAAGUGCACCUCCUUAUGAUUCACUGGCAACGUAUGCCUAUGAAGGGAAUGAUUCCAUAGCAGAUUCGCUCAGUUCUUUAGAAUCCCUCACAGCUGAUUGUAACCAAGAUUAUGAUUACCUCAGUGACUGGGGGCCUCGUUUUAAAAAACUUGCCGAUAUGUACGGGGGUGAUGAUAGUGACCGAGACUAAGAGGAUUGUUUGACUUGAUCAAUAUUAGUGGAAGUACUGUCUAUGUUAUUAGAUUGAGUGGCCUGCAUUCUCUUCCUGGGAGGAAAUUUUUCAAAAAUUGAAAUUACAAACAAUACGUAGGUGUUGUCUUAGUAGGGAUUUGCUUAAUCAGUAAGUUUUCGUGAAUGAAUACGAAUGAUAUAGAUUUUUUAAAAAGUAAUAACCAGUUCACCCUCUUUGCCUAACAAGCUCGGAAGGAAAUAUAUCACAUCAAUAAUCAAUAAAAAUACUUAAAAGGCUUUUUGUGCCUUUUCUUAGGUAUAAUAAUUUAUAAAUGUUUUCUUAACUGACUUUCAGUCACCUUUACUAUUAAACUAAACAUUGUGCAACCGCUUUGUAAAUUAAUACGGAAAAGAUAUAUCCUUAAUGACAUAGGAAUGACUAUUACUGCCAUAUUUAUUUAGUUGAAGAAUGUCUUUGUGUUAAUUCAUUCAUAUUUUUAUAAAUGUAUAUUUAUAUUUUUGUAUUUUUAUGAAAUAAACUAGUAUUUAUAAAAUACAUUUCAUUUUAUUUAAUUCCUAGAGGCAGAUCUGAUCUCAUUUAUAACAAAAAUGUUUUACACCUUUAAAUGUAAAACAUGGUUCACUCAGGGAAUAAGCAGUUCAGAAACUACUGCAUGGAUUUGGACCUACAAUGUAGCGAAACCAUAAAAUAACUUUGGUACCAAUUGCUAUUUUUCCGUUUCAUCACUUAAAUAUUGACUAAUGUUUAUAGAACCACUGAUGUCUAACCAUCAAUAGAGUAUGAGACACAUUUGGAUUAUAAAAUAUUAUAUAUAUAUAUAGUUGUGGAUAAUAAACUUUAAGUUUUUUUUUUUGCAAGUCUUUACUAUGGGAUCAACCAGUGGAUUAUAGUUGAGAGUAACUGAAGUAUGUGUCAGUAAUAUUAUGUAGACAUAGAAAAAAUCUAAAUCAAUCUUCUCUCAGUAGUUUAGUUUUCAAAAUGAGAAAUCAUAGUUCUGAUUUUUUUUUUCUUCAUGAUGAGGCAAUUCAUGGGAUAUGUGCUCAGGUGUGCGUAACAUGUUUAAAAUGUGUAUUGAAGAGUAGAGAGUUUGUUUUUAAAUUUAUUAUUUUAUUGAGGAAAUUCCAAGUCAUUAUAGUUGAGAAAGUUUUGAAAAAGCUAAGGAAAAGUAGAGAAAAGAGACUUAAAAGUAUGUGAUAGUUUACUAAUUAUUGCGAUUGUCCGGAAAAUAGAAUAUAGGCACCUCAAAGCACGGGAAAGAAGAAGAGAUGGGAAUCGUAAGCAAUCAUCAUCUGCAAAUAUUUGAAAGACGGCUGUGUAUAAUCUGGCCCUGAUAUGGCCUACAGUAUAAAAUUUCAACCAAGAUAUGGGAACUUCACAGAGAGAUUGCAUGUUAUCUAUUUUCUGUGCCAAGAAUUAACCUUUUAUUCCUCUUCAAUUAUUCAUAGUUUAGGCAGGAAAUGCCAUGCUUAUGGUGAUUCCUAGGUGGAAUUCAUAUAGGAGAAAUUUUACUUUGUCUAGUCGGCUACCAAGAGGUUUUAAGGAGCAAAUACCAAAUUAUAAACAUGUACUUAUUUGUUGCUAUAUCACUAUGUUGUAAAGUUUUUGUAGACCAAGACUAACUCAAGAACUUUAUCUGUAGCACACAUUAAAUAUUUAUUAAGAUUUAAUUUAACGCUAAGAAAAAGACAUACUGGACUGUUGAGAAUUACUUGAUAUGUUUCUCAGGACACAAUCACCCAGAAAACAGGAAGAUUUUUAGUUUUAGUUUUGAUUAGAUAAUCUUAGUUUUACCUUAGAAAGGAAUUAGUUUCCUCAUUGCCAAAGUUCAUCCAUCAUAGAUAGACAAAUACCUAAUAGGAUAUAUAGAGUGACUUGAGGUCAUUAAAAAAUAAAUUAGACAUUGAGCAAGGCGUCUUAUAAUCACUUUGUUCUAUAAUCACUACAAGGUUAAAUAACAAUAAGUAAAUCAAUUCUAAGAAGACCUGUACUGACUGUACAUGUAGUGGUUGUUUAAAAAACGAAGACAUUAUGUGGCGGGAGAGUUGAAUAAAUUGGUAGUUACAUAGCUUGCCUGGGCUUACCAUGUUUGAAAUAUUAAGAGCACUGCAACAAACGAACUUACCUACAAGGUGUAGAUCUGUGAUUGAUAUGAGAGAGUAAUAUUGUCAUUAGAUAGAAUAAAACAUUAAAUAUUUUAACUUGCAAAAUAUUAUUUGGCUGUCUCUUUUUGAGAACUAAUGAAGUUAGUUUCAAAGUUCUCCCUUUCCUUGAUCUGUGAAAUGACUGACCUAUGGUAGUCUUUGUAAGAAGCACAGAGCUAGAAGAAUUAAUAUUAACUGGUAUGCGAUUGUUUUUAUAUACCUGACUUAAAUGCUAUGAAUCAGAGGAUCUGAUUGAAUCAAGGAAAUUAACAGAUCUGUGUAACACUAAUACUUCCUAUCCUUUUCCAAUAAUCUAUGAAAUGUCCAUAGUAGGUAAAAUGCAUUCAGGAGCCAGAUGGACCAGAUUUUAUUAUUUCCUUACUAGCAAACUAAAUGAAUCAUUGAAAUUCUUCAGGAAAACCCACAUCACAACAUUCACCCUAUUGGUUUGGGAAUUUAUUUUACUAGAUGCACAUAAUAUCCUCAGUAAGAUUUGAUUCUAUUACUUUAUUCUCAUGAACUAUAGAGUUGUUAAAUGUUGAAGAUAAUUUAUUCUUAAUGUGUACUUGCCAAACUAAAUUAAUUAGCUCCGAUUAUUUCAAACUAAAAUAGAAUUAAAUUAAAAUCAAUUGAGUAACCAUUAUCCCAAAUAUAAACUUAAUUUCAUUGUUUUAUUUAGAAAGUUCAAUAAUUUUCAGAAUAUGUCUAUAUUUAUAUCUGAAUUUCUUUCAGUAUGAAUAACCUAUCUACACUAUUUGCAUGUUAAUACACAGUCUGGAUAUUAUUUCAUUCAAUUUUGCUCUCAAGCACAUUGAAUCGAUUUCAAUGACUUAAAUACCAAACUUAGCAAAGAAAAUAAAAUAGUAUUAACAAUAAAAGCAAGCAAACAAACAGGAACAAAAAAGAAAUAACAUCUUACCUUAGUAGUGGUGGAUAUUGAUCAUUCCUGUCACUUUGGCAAAGUAUCAUAAUUAGCCUCCGGAAUUCUUUAUUCUGUUGGUGGUACUUUAACUUUACCCAAUCUUCUUUACUGGUUCUUUCUCUUCUUUUCUAGCUCUCUAUUUUAGAGUUGUCCAGGCUUUUUUCUUUUCUGGUUAAAUUCAAGUCCCUGGUAUUCUUACCAAUUUUCCAUGUUACUAUACCUGUCUAUAUCUAUAUCUGUAUCUAAGCUAUAGAUUGAAAUUUUCUGAUUUUAUACCUCCCACUUUCACCUCUAUGUAAUAAUCCAAACUAUUCUAAAUUUCUACUUGAAUAAACAUAUCAAAAGUAACAUGUCCAAAUUUUAAUUACUAAUUUUCACUCCUAUCUUUUCUCAGCUUGCCCCAUCUCAGUUAAUGUCAGCUCUAUCCUUCUAAUUGUCCAUGCCAUAAACCAAGCAGUCAAUCUUCAUUCAUUUCAAUCUGUUAUCUUCCAUAUCUAAUACUGUAGAAAAUCCUAUGAAUGAUACCUUCAAAAUUUAAGUGAUAUACAAUGAUCUUUCAUCAUAUCUCCUGCUACAAUGCUGGUCUAAUAACCAUACUUGGAUUAUUGCAGUGUUCUUCUAAGUGUUUCUUCUCACUAGCUUCUGCUCCUGCCAUCUAUUUUCAACCCAAUACAGAGCAGAUAUUUUUUUUUUUUUAACUAGAUAAGUUUGGACAUCUCACUUCUCUUUUCAGAACUUACCAAUUGUUCACGUGCAGUGAGAGACAGUCCUCACAGUGGCCUCUAAGGACCGGUCAGAUCAGAUUCCCAUUAUUUCUCUGAUAAAUUAUUCUCAUUUCUUUCAUUCAUUUUAAUUCGAUUAUUCUGGUCUCCUUGUUUUUCCUCAAAACUGGCUAGCAUUUUUUUUUUUUUUUCCAUUCAAUUGACUUUCUCUGGAAUAAUCUUUCCUUGGGUAUCCACAAAGUUAACUUCAUAACUACGUUCAAGACCACUUUUUAAUGUGACUUUCUUAGUGAGAACUACAUUGGUCAGUCUAAUUAAAAUCACAAUCCUCCACACCCAUUUCUCCUUUCUCUAUUUUUAAAAAUAAUUGUUUGCCACAGCACAUACUGCCAAUCAACUUGAUGUAGAAUUUGUUUAUCCUUUAAUUUUUUGUGUGUCUACUGCUACUAAAAUGUUUGAUCUCUCUGGACAAUAAUUUUUAUGGAUUUUAUUCAUUAAAGUAUCUCAUGUGCCUAGACUGUUGUUUCAUACCUUGUUGGCAUGCAGCAAAUACUUGCUCAAUGUUGAAUAAAAUGCUCAGUAUUUAUAUAUGAGCAUUUUAAAAAUUUUGUGGAAUGUUAUAAAUACAUGGGAGAUGAAAAAAUCAAAUGUGUCUGGUCAUGGUGGCUCAUGCCUGUAAUCACAGAACUUUGGGAGACUGAGGUGGCAGAAUUGCUGAGGUCAGGAGUUUGAGACCAGCCU